CGUCUCCCAUGACGACACGCUGUUCCCCCCCGUGCUGGCGGAUGCUCGCUGUCUGCUGCGCGGCUGUCGGGACUCGGAGGGCCGCGAGGACCUGAACCUGGAGUCCAGACCCAUCAUGCACCAGGUGCUGGUGCUGCGCCGGGUCAAGUCCCCGGGGGCGGGGGGGGCGGGGGGGGCGGGGGGUCACCACUUCCGGUUGGAGUCCCGCCUCCUGGCGGUCGGAUGCACCUGCGUCCGAGCCCUCGUCCGACACCAAGACUGACCAGGAAGUGGAUUCAGAGAC